AAGGUCAGUGUGACACAAUGGCGUGGAGAGGACAUCUCUCUCGGAAUCUGAAGGAACUUCGAAUCCUCUUCUGCCCUAGCUCACCGGCGAGUAUGUCAGCCAGAACAUUCAUUGAGAGAAAUUACAAGGAUCUGAAGAUAUUGAACCCUAAACUCCCAAUUUUGGUCCGUGAGGCAAGUGGGAUCCAGCCUCAGCUCUGGGCAAGAUACGAUAUGGGUAUGGAAAGGGGAAUACCUUUGGAAGGCUUAGAGGAGGUGCAGAUCUGGAAGGCACUUGAGGAGCUUGUUAAAGUAGGUGCAUCACUUAAAGCCUGACACAGCCGUCAUAAUAUCCAUGCAAAAUAAAGAAAAAUUCAUGGAAAAUUUUUCAUAGAAUCAUCUGUCCUUGGGGAACAAUGUCUUUUCCAUCAUGAAUAUCCUUAAGUUUAACAUUCAGCUUUUUGGUUGCUACAUAUGCCAUUGCAUGCACCAUUUACUGUAAUUGACUGUGGCCUGCCUAACUUUUCAUCCUGCAUAUGUUUGGUUAUGAAUCAUAUUGAAUCAUGAAUUAGUCCAGAGUUUGAGUUGCUUGAUCUUGCCAUUGGAUAUUUCGGAUAGCAGACAUGGACAAAGUCACAGAAAACCUCUGAAAUUAUUUUCAAUAUUGCACCCUGGACAUAGAAUAGUUCCGAAUUGGUAAUGCUCUAUGUGCACUUAAAGCUGCAAAGGUUAAUUGGUUGGUAGUAGAGGUAGCUGAAAAGCUUUAUGUUCUCUCCUAUUUAGGUAUAGGUGAUCUACUAACCCUGCGGUACAAAGUCUUUGAUCCGAACUCAAAAAAAGUGCGGUCAGAGAUGCCUAGACCUCCAUUCUUCCAUCCUUCUUGACUUCCCUUACUUAUCAUUUGCAGUCUUAAGGACAAAGAUUUUACUCCUGCUGCUGCUCUAUUAUUUAUUGAUACAAAAACUAACUAAUGGGAGAGGUUAUAUUGACGCUCUCCUUCCUUUUAAGGGCAUAUCUAGAGUUUUAUGUUAGGAAGAUUAUGGUGACUAUGUAUCUCUUUCUUCCGGUGGAUGUUAGCCUGCCGAAAAGCAGUGGGCUAGUAAAAGAAGCGGCAGCAGAUGAAGAAGGCUUUGUUGAUGAUUGCUUGGUGGUUUCACCAAUCUCUGGGAUGAAAAUGUAUGUUCAUUACACCUAUCUUAGUUAAUCAUGCAAGUUGAAGUUUGCAGAGACAUUCUGGACUAUCAUUCAGGGGGCAAUGUCGGGGAAACUUUGGAAGUCGGCUUGGCUAAUCCUUUUGGGUUCUCAAAACUGAGAUUUUAUCAAAUUGUCUUCAUGUGACUGGAGUAGGCCUAACUAGAUCUUAUAUUUU